AUGGCAGAUGAAUGUCCCAUCUGCCUCGAGGGAGUUGGCCCAUCUGACGUUAUCGGCAUAGUGUACCCCUGUGCCCACCAUUAUCAUGAACAGUGUCUCUUGCCAUGGAGCACCCAUUCCAAUUCGUGCCCUACAUGUCGCAAGUCGUUUUAUAAGAUCAAUGUCGCUACCAAAUCUGCACCUGAAACGAUUUUGAGAUCGUUUGGGAUCAAGGAUAAGCUCCAGCCAAAUGCAGCCAUUGACAGCAUACCGGCGGAGUAUGUUAUACCUCCCAGCGAGGUGCCCCAUAGAGAAAGGAUCGAGAGAGAAAGAGAUAUUCAGCCUGGCGGUGUGUGUCAGGUAUGUUCUAGUGCAAGCUAUGCGCUUCGCCAGCGUGCUAUGGUGAGCUGUGUAGCGUGCAAUGCCUCGUUCCAUGUAUCGUGCCUAGGCGCUGCUUCUCACGAGCCUGGGUCCAUGGAAUGGUUCUGUCCUGUGUGUGAUUGCUAUCAGGAGCUUAGUAUCCCAAACGCUAAUAGAGUUCAUGUUAGGGCAUCAUCUCGUGGUCCCACGAGUGUAAGAAAGCACUCACUAGUGACUACCGAUAGUGACCUCGCCCACGCAGUGUUCGAAGAUAGUCUAGAUUCGCUAGAUAGUGAGCCAGCACGAUUUGAACGACCCUCAAGGCCAAAUGUCCUUAACGGAGGUGUUUUGCUACGACGGGAAGAAAGGGCGUUGCGCAAUCUUACACCUGAGGAAGCUCACCUGUGGGAAAUGCUAGAACGAGCGAGAACAGGCAAUGAGGAUGUUCAGCUGCCUGCCAGCGCAAACAAUCAGCCAAGACGUAAAAGAAGAAGGCGAACACUUGGGGUUGCAACCCCUGUUGAAGGUCUGUCGACGUCACAAACACAAAAUGUGACCGUGCCUGAGGCUAGUAGUGGUUCCCGUAUCGGUUCUCUUAUGAGCCAGAUCAAACUGAGACCACAGCGACAUACAGCUAGGAUUUCAGACGAAAGACACUUUGCCAUGACUCCAGCUCCUCCGGCUUCACACAUCGUGUCAUCAACUCGAUUGUCGCCAAUGAUAAGUCCUGUCACCAGUGAUAGCGAAAGUGAAUCGAGGCGGCAGGUGUUCGGACGCUCAGGGAGAGAGCUUACAAUUGAGCAGAAACGUGUUAUUCAAAAGCAUGUGCGUGAUAACCUACGCCCAUUGUACAUCCCAAGUGGAUCAACUGGCAGUGGCACUAUCACAUCUGAAAGUGAAUAUAUUCGCAUCAAUAAGAGCAUAUCACGCAAGAUCUACUCGGCAAUCAUUUCGCUGGAGGAGCAAGAAGGCCCUCAAAUAUAUGAAGACUACUUCAACAAUCCGAGUUCCAAACUUCGAGAAAUGGUCGACUCCUGUGUUCAGCGUGAAUUAGCAGACAUGGGGUACGGCGAAGAUUACGACUAA